AAUUAGGUGGGGAGCAUGAAAAAAGGUUUAGGUUUUUACACGAUAAUUUUCAGGAUGUUUGUUUAUUUGUCUUCAAGUCUGCGAUGCUUGGCAAGCAACAACGCUGCCAGAGCUCUGGUGGUGCUGCGCAACUAUGCAAAUGUUGCUUCAGAAGCAUCUUUUGAAACAAAGAAAUGUGAUGGCUUUCUGCUUGAAGAGCUACCUCCCACUACAGCUGUGCUUACACGUGACCAGGGCCUUGCAUACUACAGAAAAAUGCAAACCAUUCGCAGAAUGGAGUUGAAAGCAGAUCAACUCUACAAGCAAAAAAUUAUUAGAGGCUUUUGCCAUUUGUAUGAUGGACAGGAAGCUUGCUGUGUUGGGAUUGAAGCUGCUCUCAAACCAGAAGACCACUUGAUAACAUCCUAUCGAGACCAUGCCUUUACCUUCACUCGAGGGGUUCCUGUGAAGAACAUCUUGGCUGAGCUUACAGGCAGAAGAAGCGGAUGUGCCAAGGGAAAAGGAGGAUCCAUGCACAUGUAUACCCGAAACUUCUAUGGUGGCAAUGGCAUAGUGGGUGCUCAGGUGCCUCUAGGGGCAGGUGUUGCUUGGGCAUGCAAGUAUGCUGGCACAGGUGGAGUCUCCGUAGCAUUGUAUGGUGAUGGUGCUGCCAAUCAGGGCCAGAUCUUUGAGACCUAUAACAUGGCUGCAUUGUGGAAGCUGCCUUGCAUCUUUAUUUGUGAGAACAACCGGUAUGGAAUGGGAACAUCUGUUGAGAGAGCUGCAGCAAGCACAGAUUACUACAAAAGAGGGGAAUUCAUUCCUGGUCUUAAAUUGGACGGUAUGGAUGUUCUCUGUGUCAGAGAGGCAACAAAGUUUGCUGCAGAACAUUGUAGAGCAGGAAAGGGACCUAUCCUGAUGGAACUGCAAACUUAUCGUUUCCAUGGUCACAGUAUGAGUGAUCCUGGCAUCAGUUACCGUACAAGAGAAGAAAUUCAAGAAGUAAAGAGAACAAGUGACCCAAUCUCUCUGCUGAAAGAGAAAAUGGUGAACAGCAACCUUGCCAGUGUUGAAGAACUUAAGGACAUUGAUGUUGCUGUGAGGAAGGAAAUUGAAGAGGCUGCACAGUUUGCUACUACAGAUGCUGAGCCACCAAUGGAAGAUAUUGCUAAUCAUAUCUACUACAAAGAACCACCCUUUGAAGUGCGUGGCUGCCAUCAAUGGAUAAAGUACAAGUCUGUCUGUUAGGACCCUGGCAUUUGUACAUACACACUUUAUCACAAUUUGAUUGUAUGUAGUGGUAUAUUUAGCAUGUCUUUAAUAAACAACUUUUCUGUCUUGA